CCUGCUUCAACGUAUGAGAGAGAGGAACAGUCGUAGAAGGUAUUUUGUGUGUUACUGGUAUCUUGUUUCCAGCCGUGCAUGUCAAGAUGAAAGAUAAAGGUUACAGUUCUAGGGCAGUACUAUAGCUUGAGAGACGUUUGUAAUAGAUCUUUGUGGAAGACUCAGUAUAUAUUUAACCUGUGAAUUAAUUGUGACAUUGAAAAUCAUCAGUCAAAGAUGGCUCAUCAGUUCUUAUUGAGGAUGAUGGGUUUAGGGGAAAGCAAAGAACUAAAUCAAGAAUUGGCACAAUUUCCAUCAGAAGAGAGAGAGAUUAUUAAAGAUACUUUCUUGCAGCUCUCAUCUGGCAACAAGAAAGUUGAUAGACCAACUGUAGAGAAUGCCUUAAAACAUUUACUCCCACUAGCAGAAGCAGAUAUUUUUUCAAAACGUAUUUGUGAUUUAAUGACUGGCCAAAUAUCAACAAACAAUACAGUUACUUUUGAGGGUUAUGUUCACUGUGCAGCUGUAAUGAUCAAAGGAAUACUUGAAGAUAAAGCAGCUCAGAUUAUAUAUAUAGCUAAAGGAAGGAGAGGUGCAGCAACAUAUGAAGAAUUAUUCUAUUUUUCAACGCAAAUAAUUCGAGUGGUUUUUCAAAUAAUCCGGAGACUUCCGUCCUUUCGCUCUUGGGAUGGAAAUUAUAUAUGCAGUUUAGAAGAUGAUUCCAUUAAACGUUUGGCGGCGGCUAUAAUGAAGGAACUCAAAAGCACUAAAAUGGAGAGCUUCGAUAAUCAAGCGGUUUGCGUGUGGUUUUCGGGAAGCAGCUUAUUAAAUGAAUUUCAUGGGAUGCUCGCAAGUCACAUUUUCCACUUCCCAUUGACCAAAGGAAAAUCACUUAUUCCUCUUUGUCGAGGUAUACCAGCCCAAGUGUAUCCUUCGUGGCUGUCACUUUCCGAUAUACUUUUUAUUAAUUGUGGCCUACCACACGAGUUCCGAAGUGAAUGGAGAUUGUUGUUUUCUAGCCGCAUUCAUGGAGAAAGUUUUUCAAGCCUCAUGGGUAACAUAAUUGAUAAAGGACCAAGCGUAGUUUUUGUUAAAGACUUUGACGGCCAUAUAUUUGGCGGGUUUGCUUCAACCAGCUGGACUAUUGGACCGCAAUUUAAAGGCACGAAGGAUAAUUUCGUCUUCUCGCUGGCACCUGAAAUGGCCUUAUACAACACGACAGGUUUCAAUGAUCACUAUCAAUAUUUCAACAUUCAGCAACAGACUUUCCCAAAUGGAAUGGGAAUGGGCGGCCAAUUGGAUUAUUUUGCCAUCUGGGUUGAUUCGGAAUACGGAAAAGGCAAAUGCUCACCAAGUUGCACAACCUUUAACUGUCCUCAACUGUCGGGCAAGCCAGAGUUUUCCAUCGAUAUGGUCGAAGUGUGGGCCGUUGGUCCAGAACCAACUGAUGAGGAAGAUGAGGCAAGGCCAAGCAUACUGGACGUAGAUGUAGAAGGAACAGCCAUGCUUAGAAUGUUAAAUCGCGGCCCAGUUUCAGAAGGAAUGCGAGAUAACCCUACAUCUGCUGAUCCCGAAGAGAAAGAACUUUAUGUGUCAUCCGUUUCAAACUGAAAGCUACAAGAGCCUAGAAUUCAUGCGCCGCAACAAUUCCAUUUUUUUUUUAUCGCCAACAGAGCUGAGAUUUUUUUUCUAUUUUUGCCUUCAGUCCAGUAAUAUUGUCAAUGUUAAAUAGUUUUAGGUUUACGUAUAAAAAUAAUGUGCAGUUUGUAGUUGAUUGAAGUCGGACUGAAUUAUGAUGAAUCCUUUCGCGUCAGUCGAGCAUGCAAUUACUUUUUAUUCAGUAGAACAGGAAAGCAAACUUCAAGGUUUUCGCGUGCACCUAACUUCAGGGAAAUAUGAACUGUAGAUUAAAAUUUAAAAUUAGGAGUUUCAUAAAAUUAGGACGGUUCACGCUAUAAAAGAUUAAAAAUACAUCAAUCAAAACAACAAA